AUGAUCAAUCUUGGCAGAGGAUGGCCCGAUCCUUCUCUUCUUCCAUCGCUCCAAUCCUUGUUGAAUCUGUCACAAUCUGAAGUGCAACAUCAACAGGAGCAGGCCUUGCAGUAUGGAGUCGAUCCUGGAAAUCUUGACAUGCUGCAAGCUGUUAUUCAGCUACGGCAGCAAUGUGCGAGUACAGAGAUCAGUGCCGAUUGCGAAGAAGGAGGUCCAGACACUCAAGGGCAAGAAACCGCUAACACUUCUACUCCCAAGAUAACUACAGAAAAUAUCAUUAUCACAAAUGGGAGUAGUCAAGGGCUCGACAUGGUUUGCCUGCGAUUUUCUCGACCGGGUGAUAUUAUUCUAGUAGAACCGCUGUCUUAUUGUUACAUUGCAGCGACUCUGGAGCAACACGGAUUGAUUCCGUUGAAAGUCCCUUCCACCUCGGAACAAUGCCGGACCAGCUGUUUGGAAGAGUCACGAGGGAAUUUAAUGGAUCUGGACGCGUUGGAAGAUGCAUUGGAGACCCGUCGUCAGGUCAAUGGGCUGAUGCCCAAGUUACUAUAUCUAUGCCCAAUCUGUCAUAACCCAACCGCGACGACGAUGGAAGAAGAGGAAGCAAAACGACUAAUCGCCAUUGCUCGCAAGUAUAAAUUCAAACUCAUCUCUGACGAAGUGUAUAUGUUCUUGGCCUUCAACUGUGAAGCAGUACCUAAAUCAUUGGUGGACUAUGAGAUGGAGUUGGUUGAGGCGGAGACUCCAAUAGACGAAGGUGAUGAUGCUUCCUCCUUUGUUGUUUUGGCCUUGAAUAGCUUUUCCAAAAUAUUGGGUCCAGGAAUGCGUCUAGGUUGGAUUGAAUCGUGUAGCAACAACAUCAAAGUGCUUCAAGAAUCGGGAGCUAUUGUGAGUGGUGGUGGAUUGAAUCCACUUGGUUGUAGUUUGGUUGGAGCCUACCUUCGAAGUGGGCAACAAGAGACGUUGAUCGAAACGCUCAAUACAAGCUAUCGCACAAGGUGUAAGGUCAUGAUGGAUGCCUUGGAAUUGGAUCUUGGGGCCUUGCCUGUGACAGUGGAAGAAAUAUUCCAGCCCAUAGUCCAGCAUCCUUGUUAUGUCCGCGUGACGGGUGGUUUCUUCCUAUGGCUCCGAUUCCCCAAUCAUUGGAAUCUUGACACAGAGAAACUGUUGAGUGUCUGUCUAGAAAAGCAAAAUACAAAAGAAGAGAACGAAGAUGACGAGUCUGUAAGUUUCUUUGCGGGGCAUCAAUUCUCGCUGGGGAUACCUCUAGUGGGAGACAAAUCGAAUGGUGAAGAGGCAGCAACAACCGAGUUGUUUGUUCCAGAAGUAGCCAACCAUUCAAUCCGCAUUUGCUUUGCCUAUCUCCCAGAAGAGGAUAUCACCAAGGGGAUCUCAUACCUUGCGAAGACUGCCUAUGAUAUGGUCUACAGCAGCAAGUAA